AUGGCCAAAGUCCCGCGUAACUUUCGACUCCUUGAGGAGCUCGAGAAGGGUGAAAAGGGUAUUGGCGAUGGAAGCUGUUCUUACGGCCUGGACGAUGGAAGUGAUCUCAUGAUGUCCAACUGGAACGCAACCAUCAUUGGACCUGGACACUCGGUCUAUCAGAAUCGCAUUUACUCGCUCAGCAUCCACUGCGGCCCCAAUUACCCAGACAGGCCACCCGAAGUCAAGUUCCUCACAAAGAUCAACCUUCCCUGUGUCAAAUCGGACGGAAACAUCGACUACAAUGCUUUGCCCAUCCUCUCCAGCUGGUCGCGCGAAAGCACAAUCGAGGCUAUCCUCCUGUCCUUGCGAAGAGAGAUGGCGUCUCCCGCCAACCGCAAGCUGCCACAGCCCGCAGAAGGCGCCGCAUACUAG